GCUCAUGGCCGAGAAGGACAGCCUGGAUCCCUCCUUCACGCAUGCCAUGCAGCUCCUGCAAGCCGAAAUUGACAAAAUUCAGAAAGAUGAUCCAAAGAAGGAUGAGGAAGAGACCUAUUUGGACUUGUUUUCCCACAAGAACAUGAAGCUGAAGGAACGAGUUCUGAUACCAGUCAAGCAGUAUCCAAAGUUUAACUUUGUUGGGAAGAUACUGGGACCCCAGGGCAACACUAUCAAGCGGCUGCAGGAAGAAACUGGAGCAAAGAUCUCUGUUCUUGGGAAGGGGUCAAUGAGAGACAAGGCAAAGGAAGAGGAAUUGCGCAAAGGAGGUGAUCCGAAGUAUGCUCACUUAAAUAUGGACCUGCAUGUCUUCAUUGAAGUCUUUGGGCCACCUUGCGAGGCCUAUGCUCUAAUGGCCCAUGCCAUGGAAGAGGUCAAGAAGUUCCUUGUUCCAGAUAUGAUGGAUGACAUCUGCCAGGAACAGUUUUUAGAGCUGUCCUAUCUUAACGGAGUGCCAGAACCAACACGUGGCCGGGGGCUUCCUGUGCGAGGAAGAGGGGCUGUGCCUCCCCCUCCUCCUGUUCCAAGGGGACGUGGCGUGGGACCUCCGCCACCACCUCCACGUGGAGCCCUGGUACGAGGGGCCCCAGUGAGGGGUGCCAUUGCGAGAGGAGCAGCUGUUGCCCGUGGUGUUCCUCCUCUUCCAGCGGGCUAUGACGAUGCUUACGCGGAGCAAAGCUAUGAAGGGUAUGAAGGCUACUACAGUCAGGGUCAACAGGAAACUGAAUAUUAUGAUUACGGGCAUGGUGAGGCACAAGAAUCCUAUGAAGCAUAUGGUCAAGAUGAUUGGAAUGGAACCAGGCCCUCACUCAAGGCCCCCCCGGCUAGGCCAGUGAAGGGAGCAUACAGAGAACACCCAUACGGCCGCUAUUAAAGCAUUCAUGAGGGGAAAAUAUCACAUAUGAGCAAACAGUUGUUUCUGAUUCUUGUAUCUCCCAGGAUUCCUGUUGCUUUACCCACAACAGACAAGUAAUUGUCUCCCUGAUUUUUCUCUGAAUCCCUUUUUCUCCCACCUCCAUCCCUGCCACCACCGACCCUGCAUUCUAGCUGCUGUACGUAGUAUUUUAAAAUGGGUUAGAUAUAGAAGACCGAAUUCAAUUUUUAAGUGUGUAGAUUGCUUUUCUUUCUGUUUAGAUAUAUAACACAACUGUACCUUUUUAAAAAGUUGAGUUAAAUUGUUAGUUUCAAAAGUGACAUGCUUGCUUACCAGUUAUGAAACUAAAGUCUGUUAAUCUUUAAGUAUUUUGCUGGGUUUUUAGGCAACCCAUGAAAGCUGUAGUGACAGAAUCCCCAAAGUAGGCUACAUUUCAAAAUUCAGAGGUGUUUUUUUUUAUGAAUUAAAACUAUAAUGUAAUAGUAAUGACUGCCGCAGUUUAAAAGCAACCUCACAUCAAAACUUUGCCCUUAAAAGCAGAUUGCUUGAUUAAUCUUAAGUUUAAAUGUUAAUAGAGAAAAUCCUUCUUAACAAAUUAAACAGUAAUUUUUGUUGUUGCUUUCAUUUAGUAUAACUAAAAAAAAUUAGGUUUAUAAUGGUGACGUUUCCCUUAUGGGUUUUGAAAUCUAGCUGAGAUGUAGUGGAAGAAGGUUUCCACCCAAAAAAAUUGUUCUUAGAUUAAUUCUGUGUGAGAAACUUUUAAGAGAAGUGGACAUCAAGCUGCUCUGUAAUUUUUUAUUGCUCUAUAACUGCCCAGUGUUUUGAUAUUAGGAAGUAUUAAAUGAACAGUAGCUGUGCAUUGUGUCUUUUUUUCUUUUCUUUUUUUUAAAUGAAGAGCUAAACACUUGACCAUGUUCGUAGUCUAUAAUGGAGGUCAUGCUUAAAAUUGGCAAAACUGUCAACGUAGCCAUUCCAAUGACAUGUUCAAGUGUAUCUCAGCACGAGCAUUAUGUUUAAAAAGGGACACUGCAGCUGAAAAAAGCCACCAUGGAGAAAGUGAACUUCAUUUUGUACAUAGAUCUAAGUCCUACCUGGAUUUGUACACUGUCCCAUUUUGUUCUUGGAAGAUUAAAUGCCUACUACUACGUGUGUAAGCCUGCCUAAAUAGGUAGCUAAAAAUUGUUGAGAUGUCUGCAGCAGUUUGUCAAUAAAGUUUAGUCCUUUUUUUAAUCAAAGU